ACUGCAAAGAAAGUGGUCGCAAAUCAAAAUGAUUUUUAGUGCCUGUCCGAAAAAAAAUUAGCUUUGAAUUUUUUGUAUGAACACAAAGCCUUGAACAUUCUAGAAAGCGAAAACAUACAAUUAAACUCUUUUUAAAAGCUGAUUGUACUGUUUCUAUUAUAAUUUCUAGCUCGAAGAAUGGUUGUUGUAUGGCUGCACGUUGCACGCUGAGAAUGAUGUCUAUCAGUGAGAAUAUGUGCAUGCAUGUGGUCCAUGGAUGCCCAAUGAAUCUAUUGUGUGAUAUAUUAUAAUAACCAUUUCCCGUUUUCAGCUGCUGCUCUCUUAUGCUCUCUCUAGCUUUCUCUCUCCUUUCAAAAUAAAAUCUCUCUCGUGAGCUAGGGAAGUGUUUAAUGCCAUAUUCCAACUAUGUUAUUCCUGCAACUGCACACGCUUGAUACGUGCAGGCUUGCAUGAGUAAGGGCUCUCAUAAUUACCUAUACUCAUUAGCUUUGACGAGUAUUUCAACUACGCGAUAUCGAGGCAUCCAAAACAAUUCGAUGAGCACCUAGGGUAAGCAGAGGCACUGGACUGGUAUAUAAAUUUUCAUUCAAACAAAGACAAGACGUAACAACUAUAGCUCCAUGAUCGUCAUCAUCUCAAACAAGACUCUUCAUCAUGUCGGGACAUGGUCGUGAUACUCGUGAGCAUCCAUCGACAUCAUCGUCGACAUCAUCGUCAUCCUCAUCAGCGAGGUCGUCUGGUAAAUGUCCUCUAACUCAUUUCUUACUCUGUUCGCUCACGGUGGCUCAAGUCGGUCUGCUCUCUCUAUUCCUCGUCUGGACAAUCAAGACUUGUUAUAGUCGAUAUCAGCGCGUUAUCAUUCUAUACCCUGUCGAGUCAAACCCGCAUCUCCAUUCGAAUAUUAUUACCAGUAAAAAGGCCAUCGUACAUCUCCAUGGAAACCAGAGUAACAACACGAGUCAUCUUAUAAACGACAUUCACGAUGAGAGAACUGCUUUUACUAAUAAAAGCAUACACAGAGACUUAUCUAUCCAUAACAGAGAUUUUACUAUCGUUGGUACGACACACUCUAGGGUACUAGCAUUGACACUUAAAUGGCUAGAAAGUUUGAUGAGGUUGAAUAAAAGCUAUGACGUCACUUUGCUCGUAGAGGACCAACGUGCCUAUAAAAAUCUGUCUCAAAUUAUAAAUAGAUCGAAAAACUUAGAGAAAACGCGUUUAGUAGCACGACGACGGCUAAAGGAGCCUCAAGUUAAGAAUUCAUCACUGUUGUCUGAUAGUGACGUCAUAUUGAAGAUUCUCACUUCGGGUAAAGACGUACUGUAUACUUCAACAGAUUCAAAUUGGUUGAAAGAUCCUAUGCCUGGUAUAUGGGAGAGUUGUUACCAGUGCCAUGUUUGUAUCCAACGCGGCAAGAGCGAGCUUCAGGGUUUUAUAUUUUUGAAAUCAUCGCCAAACGUCAUAUCCGGUAUUAAAGCACUGGAAACGAAAGUGGCCAGGAGGAAAGCGAAGAGUUUACGAUCAUCGACGGCGUCAGCAGACAUCUACCUACAGACGCUAAAGACUGGCUUUCACAGAUUUUCGACAUCCCUUGGCUUAAAUAUAUGCUACUUGUGAUUUGGAAAACAUAUUAAGAUAAGCAAAAGGACUGACUAGAUCAGAACCCCGAGAACCUCUGACGCGCAGUGACGUCAUCAUCAGA